GAACGCGGGGAGCGGCGAGAGAGCGGCCGGGGCUGCGGGCGGAGCGGGGCCGGGGGCUGGCGGGACCCCGUCGGGGAUCGGGAGCGGGACUAGGACUGGGAUCGGGACCUGGAUCAGAGCCUGACCGCCCCGCCCCGUCCCGCAGCUCGCUGCAGUUGCGGGGUCGCCAAACGCCGUCCGGAAUGGCAGCCGAGGGGGAUAAACUUUGGGGAGGAAGAUUCAGUGGAAGCACAGAUCCAAUCAUGGAGAUGCUCAAUGCUUCCAUUACUGUUGAUCAGAGACUGUCUGAAGUUGAUAUUCAGGGGAGCAUGGCUUAUGCUAAAGCCUUGGAGAAGGCUGGAAUCCUAUCAAAAACCGAGCUGGAGAAGAUCCUGGGUGGCCUGGAAAAGAUCUCUGAGGAAUGGUCCAAAGGAGUCUUUGUGCUGAAACCAACUGAUGAGGAUAUCCACACUGCCAAUGAACGCAGGCUAAAGGAGCUGAUUGGAGACGUAGCUGGAAAGUUGCACACUGGAAGAAGUAGGAAUGAUCAGGUUGUGACUGACUUGAAGCUGUUCAUGAAGAAUUCCCUCUCCAUCAUCUCCACACACCUCCUGCAGCUCAUUAAGACCCUGGUGGAACGCGCUGCCAUAGAAAUCGAUGUCAUCCUGCCUGGCUACACCCACCUGCAGAAAGCUCAGCCCAUCCGAUGGAGCCAGUUCUUGCUCAGCCAUGCUGUUGCUCUGACCCGUGAUUCUGAGCGCCUGGGGGAGGUGAAGAGGAGGAUCAACGUCCUGCCUUUGGGAAGUGGUGCUCUGGCUGGCAACCCACUGGGAAUUGAUAGAGAGCUUCUGUGUAGUGAGCUGGACUUUGCUUCCAUCAGCCUGAACAGCAUGGAUGCUGUUAGUGAGAGAGACUUUGUGGUGGAAUUCCUGUCUGUUGCCACCCUGCUGAUGAUCCACCUUAGCAAGAUGGCAGAGGAUCUCAUCAUCUACAGCACCAGCGAGUUUGGCUUUCUGACCCUCUCUGAUGCCUAUAGCACUGGCAGCAGCCUGAUGCCUCAGAAGAAGAAUCCUGACAGUCUGGAACUGAUCCGCAGCAAAGCUGGACGAGUGUUCGGACGGUUGGCUGCUAUUCUCAUGGUCCUCAAAGGACUCCCCAGCACUUACAACAAGGACCUGCAGGAGGACAAGGAGGCUGUUUUUGAUGUUGUGGACACCCUGAAUGCUGUGCUCCAGGUUGCCACAGGAGUGAUUUCGACCCUCCAAAUCAACAAGGAGAACAUGGAGAGGGUACUGAGCCCGGAGAUGUUGGCUACUGACCUGGCUCUCUACUUGGUUCGGAAAGGAAUGCCGUUCAGACAAGCCCACGUUGCCUCUGGCAAGGCCGUCCACCUCGCCGAAACCAAAGGCACCACCAUCAAUAACCUCAGUCUGGAGGACCUGAAGAGCAUCAGCCCCCUGUUU